ACUAAUCACUUCACUUGCUACUUUCUAACUAAACUAUCCAAAUUAGUCCUGAUUGAAAACAUCAUCUCCAAAAAUGUACAAGUUAGCUAUCGUCUUGUCCGUCGCAGUUGUGGUGGCGCUUUUUGCAGGAGCCUCGGCUGGCAAGCUGGAAGGAAAGAAGAUGAAGGACGGUCACCACAAGCACCACAACCUGACCUGCAAGGGGGAGGCAAUCAACAUGAAGGGCAUGUUUGUGGGAAAGAAGGAAUGCUACGACGAGAUCUUUGGAACAUCUGCAACCACCGUCAACCCGAAAACGAUGACGGAGGAGGCUAAAAAAGAGAGGAUUCAGAAAUGGAAGGACAAUGCAUUGUGCAUGGAAGUGUGCACAAUGAAGAAGCAGAAAACUCUCAACGCUGACGGAACUUACAAUGCACUUGAGGCUGAAAAAUGGGUGAAAGCAAUUUUCCCCAGUGCAGUUCAAUCCGCAUUGAAGAAGGCUUUUGACGACUGUGCAUCCACAAAUGGCAAAUCCUUCAGUAUGGACAACAAAUGUGCUGGGUACAAAGCUUUCAGACAAUGCAAAGUGAAGUCAGUUAUGGAGAUUUGCGAAUUCAAAAAGGGAGAAGUUCCAGAGGACAAUUGAAUCACAAUCAUCUCUGGCACAACAUUUGGCUAUUUACAUAUGUAUAACUGGUAACGAAAUUAAUAGAACAUGCUAAAAUUAAAAUACGUUCUCCUUCAACGCUAAAUGAACUAAAUCGAGUUAAUAAAAUCCCAUUUAUACCUA